AUGGCUAAGGAGGCAGUUGAGUUUUUCAAGGCUCAAUUCACUGAAGAUAAUAUGCUUACUGCUUUUGACAUUAUCAAGCUUCAGGCACAUCCCAAAGAAUCUAAGGUAUUAGGGAGAUCAUUAGAUGCUUUAUUUGAUGAUCCAAACUUCAUUGGAUUUGGGAUGCCAAAGUGGAGUAAAAACAUCAAUUAUCUAUCAUAUGCUGAUGAUACUAUCAUUUUUAGUUCAUCACAUUAUGGAGCUAUACAGUUAAUUAUGAAUGUACUGGAGGAUUAUGAAGCGGAUUUUGGGCAGAAAGUUAAUAAGGAGAAGUCUUCAUUCUAUAUGCAUGAAAAUUCACCCCCUGAAGAAGCCAAUACAGUUCAUUUGAUCAAAACAUUUCAGAGGCAUCCUUUCCCCUUUACAUACCUUGGAUGCACUAUUUUUUAUAGUAGAAGGAAGAAGGAGUUCUAUAAGGGUAUCACAUUUAAGGUUCAGCAGAGACUACAUUCAUGGAAGGGCAGAAUUCUAUCUUUUGGAGGAAGGGUUGUGCUAAUUGCUCAUAUAGUUUGGAGCAAUUCUGCAAAUGGAAGGGCUAAACAUUGGGCAUCAUGGGCUACACUAUGCUUGCCUAAAGUAGAAGGAGGUGCUAGGUUUAGAUCACUUCAUGAUGUGUCUAAGGCUUUGUUUGCUAAGUUGUAG